AGUAGUCACGUGAUCAAAUCUAGUGCAAAACAAAUUUUUAAAUGGCGUUUUCUGAAGAACUUUUUACAGGCGAAACGCUUGAUUAUAUAAUAAAUAUUAAUGCUGAUGAUGAAUUAAAUCCAGAUUUGCAAGAAUAUUUUGAUAAUGCAUUAUUAGAGGUAACCGAUAUUGGAGACUUCAAGUGCAAAAUUUGCAAAUCCAAAACGUAUAAAACAAAAGGAGGCUUAGCACGACACAAUAAAAACAAACAUACCAUAAAGAGUCUUACAGAUAUGCAUUAUAAUGAUUUUGUCACAGAUAUAAAAAAAAUUGUUGCAGAAACUAAAGCUGAUUUGUCAACAAAUAAAUGUUAUCCUCAAGAAGUUAUUUCAGAAAUAAAAGACUUUGAAAUAAAAAUAACAGAAAACUUUUUUGAUGAAAUAAGAAAAAUGUCAAAAAAAUUAAAAUCAUCUGGAAAUGCUGAAAAGUAUUAUUCCAACUUUUAUAGCAAUAUUGUUCUCUUUUCAGACACAUAUUUUAAUCUAAAGAAACCUGCAUCAACAGUAUUUACAACAAAGUUAUGCAAUAAAUUAUUUCAGCAUUUUCAAAGCUCUCCUUCAAAGAAUGUUGAAGUUGAAGAAAUUUCACCACGUGAAGUGGAUGGAUUAAAAUAUUUGUCUGGGUAUGUUAUAAGAAAUCUACUUAAAAAGGCAAAAACAACAAAAAAUUACAAAAGCCAGUACAAUUAA